GUUGCCAGCUAGUAGUGAAACGCGUAUCUGUCCGCGAACUUUGCGUAAAAGUAAAAUUUGACAAGUUUUGCAACAGUCUCGGUAGGCUCGAGGCUUGUUCGGAGGUUACACAAAUCGCGUAAAGUUCAAGUGCAAAGUGCGAAUUCGAGUAACAGUGAACAAAGUGUCAAAAACACUGGAUGCUGAGAGCGAGAUAAACGGUGGAGCAAACACGGUUGAGAGUGAGAGAGUGAGAGCGAGAGAGAGAGAGGAUAGAUGAAAAACACGGGUGGCUAAAUAGCGCGUUCAACGGAGAGAGAUCGAAAAUGAAGAAGGAGUCUCCACAAUAAAAGAAUUUUGGCGAGACAACCAUAAUUUUUGAGAGACGUCGAAUCGAUUUGAAGCAAGAACGAGCUUAAAUGCUAAUCGAGAUGUACAAAGUGUCAGCGGUCAUCUGAAAAAUCAAACAAUGUCAGCGAAUUACUUCUCGCUCUUAGAUUUAGGAUAGGUUCUCCGAUGCCAGUGUAAAACUAAUCGGAAAACCAAUAGCCAGAUAUCAAAAGAUAAAACGCAAGAGUUUUGAGUUUGGAAGAGGUUUAUAGAUCGCAAUCGAAAAGUGGAUCAAAAGGAAGACAACUUGAAAGUGAAAUUCAGUUUGAGGCAUUGUUUAGCGAACCGAAGAGUUGUGCUUAAUGGCGGAGGAUGUUCAAAAAGUUGACAUUUGCGUCAGACAAAUGUUGUUUUAUCUCAGCGUGACGGAAGAAAAGAUCAAACAGUCAACGACACGAUUGUUAAGUCAAGCUAUUAGAAAAAAAUCGAAAUCUUUGAAGGGAUGUAAAGAAACUUUUGAAGAAAUAAGGAUGUUAUUUGUGACGAGGAGCGGUUAAAACGAGACGCUACAUGAAUGUCAGGAACAGGCGACGUUGGUCGCAGACGCGUUGAGUGGCGCCGUAGCGCGAAAAUCUAUUCAUUCUUGCAAUAGAUCUCUCUCGUCUGUUUCUUUUCCCUACUUUUUUUUCCACAAAGGUAAAAAAACGGUGAUCGAAAAACGAAAACGAAAAAAGACGAGGCUGAAAAGGUGGCUGUACGCUGCCUAGGAUUACGAGGUGCUGCGUGGGCAUGCAGCAGCCUCAGACACGCCCGCUCCUCGGGGACUCUGUAUCCUCUACAACUUCCCCGAACGCAAGACGUACUAAUUCCGUUGCUGUACUGACUCACCAACAGUUGCAACAACUUCAACAACUCCAAAAUUCGACAGGCCAGCAACUUACAUUCGCUCUGCAACAGCCGUCGAAUAAUCCGCAAGACCAGAACAAUGGAACGGCGACCGGUAAUCACAUAGUAUAUCUGAACCAGUUGAGCCAACUGAAUCAGAGUACAAUAAAUCCGUCGGGGACUGGUAUGGGCCUACCCCCGGCCACCCCCACUUUCGGGGUGGGCCUGAAUAUGGGACUACCUCUAUCAUUAUUGAACACGAGUCUCACAUCAUUAACGUCGAAUGUAAUAACAACGUCGAAUCCGUUGCUCAAUCUUGGUCUGAAUCCAGCUGGUCUUACAGCAGUAAAUCCAGGUCUAAAUACCCUGAACGCGCUUAACUCGAAUCUGCCAAACAACAGUAUUAGCAACGGUCUUACCGGUCUUGGACAGGAUGUGAACGGCAUUAACACGGGCAUAAGUCGUUUAAAUGCUCUCAAUUCAACGAGUAUAAAUUCCGGUCUCGGUGGCCUUAAUUCGGGUAUAAACAGUGUUAAUCCGAAUUUAACGAGUUUGAGCUCGUCGAUAAAUCAAAAUUUUGCCACAUUGAACGCAAACAUAAGUGAUACGAGCUCGGGUGUAACCUCAUUGAAUACCCUCAACUCGAAUUUAACACCGUCCACCAUCAAUUCCGCGAUUAAUCAGAAUUUCAAUAGAUCCCUCAACGUUUUAGCUACCGGAUUGACACCCUCGAGUAGCUUGAACUCUUGCAGCACUAGUUUUCCCUUUCAAACGAUACAAAGUAUACAGAGUAUAGCACCACAUAUCGUAAGCUCGAACAUCGCCCACGUACCUAAUUCGGCGAUAUCGCAACAUCCAAUAUCAAGCUCGAGCUCCAUAUCGCACAGUACGAAUCUGGCGCUCAGCUCGAGUGUAUUUACGAGUACAGCGAAUACACCGAUAUUGUCGACGAGUGCGGGAACGAAUAAUCCAACAAAUGUGAGCCACAAUCACAACGUCCACAUGGCUGCGAUGCACACGAAUUUACCGAACGCUUCGUCGGCCAAUAUGCCACACAUGUCCGCCGCCAAUGACCCCACAUCGACCCUCAGUCACGUUACGACUUUGAGCGCCGGGCACACAGCGAGUUUUCAAACUCAACGACAAUUCGUUCAGUCAACGAAUCAAGGACAAAUCGGACUCAACACCUCGUUAAGCCAUUCGACUAAUCAGACGAGUACAACUGUCAAAAACGUUCAGAACAUACAAAGCCAGAACGUUUCAUCACCCGGAAGUCCUUUCUCGAUACCGCUCAAAAGUCCAGCCUCCAAUAUCGCACCACCUACACCAAGCCCAAGCCCCAACAGGCUUCUACUCAGAAGUCCAGCCUCCAAUUCCAUACAAUCGAGCAGAAAUAGUCCGAGCCCGGUCGCUAAUACCACAGGCAACUUUGGCAUGCAACUUCAGAGUCCUAUGCAGAGUCCUUUGAGCGUUGGCCAGAUACAGAGUCCGGCACCGAGCCCAUAUCCACCUGCCAAAAGUCCUCACCAUUUAGGGGGUGGAAAUAAUCUCAAUAAUCGGAGUCCAGCACCAGGUGGAAGUCCCGGACCUCCUGUUGUUCGGCCGAACACUCCCAUAUUGCAACAGGGUAUGCAAGUACUACAGAUAAUUCACGGUGGACCGCAGAGCUAUCAACAAGCAUCCUCGCAGCUUGUGACCCGAGCGCAUUUAUUUGGGAACCAGCAGAUACAAAUUGCAACCGCGAAACCACCGAAACAACCACCACAAAUAUUGCCGAAACCACCGAAUCAACAGGGUGUUAGUACACAGCAGAAGCAACGAGUAACGACAACGAUAACGAGUCAGGUUACUCAACAAACGCAACCUCAACUUGUCCUAGCUGGACCACAGCAAAAUCCUACUACCGCGACAGUGAUCCCUACUGCACAGGGUCUGCUGCUCAAUCAGGUCCUGCCGUCAUCCGGACCCGUUAUCGUGCAGCAACAACCUGGUGGCGUUCAGCUUAUACUAAGGACACCGACGAACGCGCAGCAACAAACGCAUACCGCACAGUUGACCCAGCAACAAUUGGUCAGGGUAGUCACGGCCCAAGGUAUGCAACUUCAAGGUAUAACGCCAACGUUUUUCGCCGUACCGAACGGUUUCCCUUCGGCCGCUCAACCUGUGAUAAGGCACACGCCCACGAGUCCUGCUCCCCCAAAUAGCGGCAACAAUAAUCCCAUAGUGAUACAAAACGCGAUGGUACAGAGUCCACAAUCUCAGAUAGCCCAGGUUAGUUCGUCGACAACGUCGACGACAGGUGUGAAUAUAGCAACGAAUCAGCCGGUAAUUGACCAGAGUCUUCUACCACCGCCAAAAAAGAAAGCGAAGAAAAAGAAGAGAGCGAAGAAAAAAGAUGAGGAUUCGCCGAAACUCGAUCUUGCUAGUAUAAUGAAGAUUUCUGGGAUCGGCGAUGACGAUGACAUGUUUGACAAUGAACUGGUGCCGGAAUGCGAAACAACUCAUCAACAACAGCAACAGCAGCAGCAGCAGCAACAACAACAGCAGCAGCAGCAGCAACAACAACAGCAGCAGCAACAACAACAACAGCAGCAGCAGCAGCAACAACAACAACAGCAGCAGCAACAGCAUCAAAUGCAGCUUCAUGUUGAGCAACAGAAUCAAGUGCAUAUGAAUCAAAUGACUGGUCAUAUAUCAGUGGCGUGUAGUCAGGCUCAGAAUGUGACUCAAGUAAACGCUAUAAAUACAACGAAUAUUCAGCAACGGCAGCAACAACAAAAACAACAGCAACAACAACAGCAUCAACAGCAACAGCAACAGCAAAACGUCGGGAAUUCCGAUAAUUUUGGUAGUCCACUCGUUUCACAAUUGCAAGUGCCAGUUCAAAACGCGAUAUCCGGUCAAUUGAGGCUAGCGGUCGGCGAAGACGGAAGAGUAGUUUUACACCAUACACCGGAACCAAAUCAACCUGAAAUCGAUCAAGUCACCGCUCAGGCUCUCAUACGAUCACUUACACAAGGCGGUGGGCACAACUCGCAAAUAAUAUCCCAGCUUCUUGGCCACGCGCAAACGCUGUCACAGAAUGCUCAGAACAACGCUAAUAAUCGAGGGAAAACGAUGAAACAGCAGCAACACCAGCAGCAGCAACAACAACAACAACAACAACAACAACAGAACACUAAUCAGACACUUGGUCAUAUUUCUAGCGGUACCACAACACAAACCAACACAACACCUAGUCCCCAGCAAGUACAGAUUUGCGCGAAAUUGAACUACUCGCAAAACAAUGCAAACCAAACGCAAAAUGUUACGUUACAGCGAAACAUUAUGCAACAACAAACGACAAAUUCGCAGCAAACUAUGCAGGUGAACACACAACAAUUGAAAAACCCUCAAGCGUCGAACGCUACGAUGCAAAUCAGCAAUACCGGUAUUCAACUCGAACCUCAAUCGAGCCCCAAGACAACUGCCCCAAAAUUCAACGAGAUCCAUAAUCCAAAAGUAGCGAAUAACGCUGCCAACGUUGGACAACAAACGAAAAAGGGACGUUUGACGAAGGCUCAACAAGCUGCACAAGCGCAAAAGAACCUCCAUUGCGGUGCCGCUCGGAAUGUUUCUGUAGUCAAAAACGUUGUUCAUAGCGUAGGGCAAAAAAUUCAUGCCGAACAGCAACAACAACAGCAGCAGCAACAACAACAACAACAACAACAACAACAACAACAACAACACUUACAGAACGAGCAAUUCAAUCAACACAACCAAAAUCUUCAUCAAAUUUCUACGCAAACGUUGCAGUCGUUAAAUUCACAACAAAAUAUGCAAAAAAUUACAGUUUCCGGGGUGCAGGCAAAUUCCUUGAACAUGCUACAACAACAAAAUUCGGCCAAUGGUAAUCAACAUACAACGAUGCAGAUCGUUCAGACGAGUGAUGGUUUACAUCAUCAAAUUAUUCAUCAAAAUACGGGAAUGAACGUAGAUCAAAACUCGCAACAGUUGUCGAACGAUCAGCAUCGAGUUCAGCAUCAAGAUACGAGCGGAUCGAUUUCACAUCAGACCGCUCAGGCUUUGCAACAAAAUUUGAACGUUCAGCAGGCUUUGCAGCAACAGCAUCAACAACAGCACAAAGGAACCACAACAAAUGUUUGUAGCUCCACAAUGCAACAGCAAUGCGAUAAUCAAAAGAUUGUCAUGAAUUCUCAUCAACUUAACCAUCCGCAACAAACGAUGCAGCAACACAAUAUAAUUUUUUCCGGUGCUCCUGCUUGUCAAAACAAUGAGCCACAACAACAACAACAACAACAACAACCGAAACAGGAACAUCAAAAUUCGGAUAUGCUCAAUUCCGCAGCGACGAAUAUUCUCAAUAACGCGCCAAAAAUAACCCCGGAAAUACUCAACGCGCUCAGUAACUUAAAUCCCAACGAUCAGUUGCUCAUUGCAAAUGCGAACGGACAGAUGCAAGUUAUAAGUCAACAAUUGUUACAACAAUUAUUGACGGGUCAGUUGAAUGCCACGAGGCCGGCUGUGAAUCAAAAUCAAACGCAAAAAAUCGUAAUCGGUGAUAGCGAUGGAAAUUCGCAAAAUCUUCAGGGCGUUCAAAUAAAUACACCGACGAGUCAAAUAAUCGUCAAUAGUUCCGGUGGUGCACCCACGAUACAGAACAACAUUCAAAACAUCGUUGUUCAAGCAUCCCCCUCGCAAAUGCCACAUCAGAUACAAAUACAAAAUUCCAAUUUUCCAAGUCAAUUCAUCGACAAUUUGAAUCAACAGCAAAUUAGAAAUUUGUCAAAUAGUCAGCAGCAAAACACCACAGCGACUAGUCAACCUACCACCGCGAAAAAAGCGAAGAUCGUCAAGAGAACGAAAAACAAUUCAAACAAUAAUCAAAAUAUCGUUAACGCUCAAAGCGUUAAAAAUAUUGUGUCGCGUCCACCAGCUGUGACUACGAGCUCAACGACAAUCGUUAAAACCGAGAGCAAAGUUUCCACCAGCUUCCUUUCGCAGAGCACAGCAACGACGACGACUAUGACGACCACCACUACCCCAACAGCUGCGACAACAACGACCACCAUCAAAGUUGAACCUGGAACCGUUGGAAAUGGAAGACUCGCGACUACAACACCCAAUGCUCAAACAACUGUUGCACCCAACGGUCAAAUGACACAGAGGACUACUCGAUUCAUACAAUUACCGGUGCAAAAACAACAAAUGCUUAAAAAUAUACAGGCCCAGAUUCAAUCGAUUGUUACGCGCAAAACCAACACACAAACGGAACAAGCGGUACUGAAAAAAUUGUACACAGAACAUGCGAGAAUCGUUUCGAGCGGGAAAGUUGUUAGUGGUGCUAAUCCUCCAUCUGCAAGUUGCUCGGAAAGCGCUGUUACCGUGCCUGCUGCAGCCAUGCCGCCGAGUCCUCAGACUCCGGGUACAUGUAAAAAUCAAACCUCCACGGUGCAGACGCAAACGCAAAUACCGGCCGCCGCUCUAACAAGAGUUAACCAAUAUUCGAACCCGAGUGUUCAAGACAUAGCCUGUAGUGCUACUCCUCCUGUGAUAUCCAAUAUUGCGGUUCCGCAGAGUAUGCCAAAUAUUUCUGCGCCGAGUCUCCACCCUAUACCAACGAAGCAACAGCAGUCGCAGCAACCUCAGCAACUAUCGCAACAGCAGCCACAGCAACUGCAACAACAACAACAACAACCGCAACAGCAACAACAACAAAAGUUUUAUCAGCCUCUGGGCAAUCAAAUUCUUAGUCCGUCCUCGACGAGUUCACAGAGCAAUUUUUCACCAGUGAGUGGCACAUCGCCGCCUCUGCAAAGUACGACAGGUCAGCAGACACUCGUUCAUCAACCACCGACGCAACCGCCCCCUCCAACGCUACCGCCUCCAACGCCGUCGAUACAACUGACAAUCGGAACACAACAAUCAACUCAAUGUCAGACGGAUCCUCCGGACAUAAAGCCAAAUAUCCAGCUCUUAAGUCCGAUAAAGCAAGAAUUGCAAACGCCCUUGCAGAUUCAAGCUCAAUCUGGCUCACCCGCAGGUCAGGUAGCCUCGCCGAGAGUUGUUGGCAAAUGUGGGAGAAUCCAAAGUCCCGUUAACGUUGCCGCGAGUCCUAGCAAUAAGCAGAUGGUUAGCCCUGGUAACGUAACCGGUCCAAUGGUCAGUCCACGACAGGGCGUCAAAAGGCCAGCUACGUCCCCGAUCUGUCGGCAAAUCAAUCGCAGUGAUCUGUUGGAACAACAGCUGAAAAUAGAUCAGAAUGGUGCAACGAAUCCCGAUGUAAAUACGCCCUUCGCGGGGAAACGCGAUGCGUGCAAGAGGCUCGUGAGAUAUCAUUGCUUCAACGAGCAAGUCCUCAGUGCCAAAGAUCUCGCUAAAGCCGACGAGAUAUUCGAGGAAACGGCAAAACAUUUAUUAGGCAAAUUUAACUCUAUGAUGAACAAGUACACGUAUCUUUUACUGAUGGAAAGCAUGCGCGAGGUUAGAACGUCAGAACUAAUGAUGAUAGACCGAACUUUUGUCGCCGAGGAAGAAAGUAUGCUCAAUAGACUACGCGAGCAGGAAGCCAAAGUCAGCGAGGAAUUCGAGAAGGAGGAAAAGCCAUUGAUCAAGAUAAAGGCUGAUUUGACGGAAGACGAGGACGUGUACGAUGAGGAGAGGUUACCAUCGACGUUAGAGAACGUAUCGGUAAAACGGGAGCUCGAGGAUGACUUUUUGGGUAUCGAGACGGACUCUAAAGCGUUGAUAAAGCCUUCAAGUUGUACGAGCGGUGAUUAUGAUGAGUGGCUGGAAAUCCAAAAGGAGCUCGGUGUAUAUCCGUGCGUGGGGGGUGAUACAUCGAAGAGUCGUAACAACGCGGGUAUCGCGGCAGUGAGUGGUAACGUCAGUAGUGGUGGUAUAUCGGGUACGUCAGUGCCCAAAUCAGUAUCCUCGAAAAUGGAAAGAACGCGUGCUAACGGGGAGUGUCGUUUGAGUGGGACAACGGCAGUUUUAGCGGCGGCGGUCGUUUCGGCGGCGGCAGCGAAUAGUGUAACGAGUGGUGUCGGUGCUACGAACGUUGUUAAUAAAAAUACGUACGAGCAGGACUCGUCGUGUCUUGAGCCUGAGAGACGGUGGAGUAGUGCCACGGAUCUCGAGCGAGAUUUGCUCGAGGAUACCGAUAGCCUCGAUGGUCUCGCGUUGCAGACACAAUGCCCGAGUAAUUUGAAUCUUGGUUCGAACGAGUCCGGUAGUGCUAACGAUCACGACGACAUUACGGCGCAGGUACAAUCGGCGAUCGAUAGCAUUCUUAAUCUUAAGAAAAGACCGUCGACUGCGAGCUCGGUGAGCAGCGUUGGCAGUAACGCCCCGAGUCAGCAGCAGCAGCAGCAGCAGCAACAACAACAACAACCACAACAAACUAGUGAGGCCAAGGACACGGUGCUAGAUCAGGCGGUCCGUAGCAUUUUGGGUUCGUGACCCUCCUUCAACAAAGUUUGUUAAAAUCUCAAAUGAGCCUGGACUCUUUUUUUAAGCUCAUUAUAAUCAACGAAAAUGACUCUUAUUUCCUUUUUUCCCCCUCUUCUUCGUUAUUCCCUGCAAAUGCCCGGUGCAACUAACACCGUUUAAGCUGCUCCCCUGACAAAACAAAAAUGUGUAUAAUUGCAGUGUUGACGAGAUUGCAGUCCGAUUAUACGAAUCAACGAAAAAAUUUAACGACCUACGGAUCGGACCGAUCACGAGAUAGGCUUGAGCUCACCCUUUAUUAUUAUCAUUGUCGUUAUUUUUUCGGUUUUCCCGUUUUACCUAUGGGAAACCGAAUUUGUUGUAUUCACAAUCGGCGCGUGGCACAUCUUCAAUCCAACGGGCUUUUCGAACAAUUCGUUUCUCGAUAAAACGUGGUUAUUUAUUCCCCUUGAAUAUCUUUCUUUAUUCUCCUUAUCCGUUUCACAAUGGCAAUAAUUAUUUAUACACGAAAAUGUACACUUUCCAAUAGAACUAGAAAAACUUAUAAAGAAGAAACAAAUAACGUAAAUAAGUGAGCCAUCGUGUAAUUAAUUUUUAGGUGAUGUAAAUGUGAUUAGAUAAAAUGCCGUGAGCUCGACAUUGCGGAUGCUCUCGCAAAUAUAUAUACACACACACACACAUACACAACACGCGUACACAUAAACACACAUGAAACACCCAUACACAUACACACGCUCAGAUCGUUUGUGAAAUCUGACAGUUUGUAAUGUAAUUUUGUAAAAAGGAAUCUAUUUAUAGAUGAUGGAGAUGCGAGAAUUAAACAAACAAACGAUUACUCAUUAAAUGGAUUACUCGCCGUUUUAAUUGUAAAACUAUCUUAACGAAUGAUGAAAGAAAAAAGCUAAUAAUUAAUUAGACUGGAAGGUAACGUUACGGGAGGAAGAAAAAUGGAAAGAAACAUCGUAAAAUUGGAUGUUUACUCCCAAAGUAAAUGGGUGAAAAAUUGUACAUAUAAUUUUAAGAUGUAUUAUUAUUAUUAUUAUUAUUAUUAUUAUUAUUAUUAUUAUUAUUAUUAUUAUUUGAAUUGUCAUUGAAAUAUUUCCUCGGAUUUAUUAUUAAAAGUAGACAGUUACUCUCUAUUGUCGAACGACGUUUCCAUACAAUGUUCAACCGGUUAUUGCUCGAAGGCACCUAAGUAACGUGACCGACCGAGACGUUUGUAAUUGAACGUCGAAAAAAAAGGAAAAAGGAUGUCAAUGAGAACGCUACAUUAUUAAUGAGGUACUAAAAUGCGAAUAUUCAUGGUUUAUGGGUUUAUUGAUUUAUUUUUUUAAAAACCCAUGACAGUGACGAGAAGGCCCUCGGUCAUUUAUCAGUGACGGAGAUCGCCACACCCACACAUACAUAUACAUGUACACAUACACACACAAACACACAUGCACACACAGUCUGAACAGUCUGAAUUCAAACCGAAAAUCAAAGGAAGAAAAAAACCUAGAUUUUUUAACUAGACAUAACAAUUUUACAGACCAUUUAAAAGCGUCCGAUGACAUAACGAGCACACAUGUUGAAAACAUAUAAAAAGGGGAAAUGAAACAACUGAGAUGACGGUUUAUAAAUAAUAGAUGUGUGUAGAUAGGUAGUGCGUAUACGGUCUGUCAGAGUAAAACCAGCGGUGAAAGGAUAAUCCGCGAAUAUAUAUUUUUCUGAGCACAAGAUGAUCAUUUGUUUUGACUUGUUGCAUUUGCACUUUGAAAUGUUGAAAGUGAAAAAAAGAAGAAAAUGAAAAGGUAAUAACACCAAACUGUAAUUGUAUACCUUUUAAUACUUGGCGUCGAGCCGCUACCGCGUCUCUUGAUUCAAAGGGAAAUUUAAACGAUCGAUUUAACUGAACAGAAGUGAAUGAUUUAACACGAUAAAUAUUUUUUCAAUCUUUGAUCCCAUUGAAUUCACGGAUAAUGUACUUUCGCCGCAUUCAUUCCUUCACCAAUUCGAUUAAAUAAACGAAAUCAGUGUUUGUUGGAAGAAAAAAAAAACAAAAACGAAUAUAUUAUAUACAUUAUGAAAUGAGAGAGAAUGUAUACUACGUACGCACUCAAUGCACCGUCUAUUUUACAAAACGAUAGAGCUCGAGAAUCAAUGACCACGCGAACAGAUAAAAAAAAGAAAAGAAAAGAAAAAUGUCGUCGUGAAGAAAAUCUUUUUGGAAUACUGUCGGAGAUUGUAAUUCGAGGGAACCCUUUAUCGCGAUUUGACAUUCGGAAUAUGAAACAAUCAAUGACAGAGAAAAAUUUUACAAUCUAUGACAAAUCUAUCCAUAUCAAUUUGUUUUACUCUAUAAGAUGAUGAUGAUGAUGAUAAUGAUGCAUUUUAAAAAUAAAGCCAUAUAAUUACGGAGAAAUAUAUCUUAACGAUUUUACAAGUAAUGAGAUACGAAAGAGAAUAGUAUUUUAUUAUUUAUUCGUGGGGUUCCCUUUGGCUACGAUCGAUGCUGAUUUUUUGUCCGUUUUAUAUUCGUCGUUUGUUUAUCUCAUCGACACAGUUGACGUUUGUAAUAAAAUGAUAGUCCGAGGAGUUUAAAACUAUGAAAAAAAAAAGAAGAAGAAAAGAAAACACCAACUUGCUCAGCAUUUCCAUAUCCUUUCGCCGUACGAUCUCUCGAAAAUUAACGAAAGAAAAAUAAGAAAAAAAAAAAACGAGGAACAACAAAAACAAAACAAAGAAAGGAGGAACGUCAACCCUAUACGUUGUAUCCGUCGUGAACGAUGAGAGGGUAAUUAUAAGAAGAAAAACAACUACAUUUCUUUUUUUUUGUUUGGCAAAAGAGCAAUUCAAGACUGACAAAUAUACAGACAAAAAACGAGCAGAACUAUUAAUGUAAUACGAUUUAACGAGUAAUUAACCAGUUUGUACAUAAUAUUUAAAGAAAAAAUGAAACAAAAAAUGCACAUCACAAAGUGGAGAAAAUGAGUGAAAAAAAGAAGAAAAUCGAAAGAAACAUACGAAUAAAUCGACGGCAAACGCGACUUAAUUAUUAAUGGCUCUCGAAAGGUUUUGAAAGAUGAAUAUAUUAAAGUUCUGUCGUUCCUAAAUAAAUUGCCGACAUUUUGCCAAUAACGAAAAAUCUUUCCGUAUCCUAUGUUUAAGUUAUACCCGAGAUGAAAUAUAUUUCCCUGUUCACCUUC